CGCGUCAAUUGUCAAUUGGGCACUUCCACACCCAACCCAGCUCAUCGCCGUAGUACGUAUAGCAUUUGAUCGCGGUUUGGGGAAAGGAGAGGAAGUACUCGGGGCUGUCUCUGACACCCCCCAGGACCGCCAAACAAAUUCUAGUCAAAGACAGGCGGCGGGCAAGUCCAACAAAUGCCACGGCAGUGCUACAGUCAUAUCCGCGAAUGUAGGCAGAGCACAUGUCGUCGACAGCCGCCAGAUCGGUUGCUGCCGACAAGAUGAAGAAAGCCAAUGGCGCAGGACUAGCAGCAGAUUCAACGACAAGAUCGGGCACGUCGCGUUCCCGAAUGAACUCCACCGCAAACAACAUCAACAACAACAACAACAACAACAACAACAACAACAACGGCAACAACCCAAACGACACCAGCUUCAGGAGCGAGCGCGAACGGCAUAAUGCGCGAUACAAGGAGGCCUCGCCCCAGCCCGACUCCCAGUCCAACUCUCAGACCAGCCAUGGCUAUGCCCAGACGUCCCAUAAGAGGUCCGCCUCGGGCAACCUGCGCCCAGUUAGCAAACUUGAGGAGCGACGAACCGAAAAGGUCAAGGUGACAACCCGCGAGACGGUCGUGUCCCGCACCAGGAGUCCGGACCGCCGCGGCGUGCAGCCACCGCACAGGGAGCAGAGGGGCAGCGACCUCGGAAAGCAUAGGGUGGCCACCGAAUUGCGGCCCAAGGACAAUCGCCCUGAACAGCCGCAGACGGUCUGGGAGCCCGAGGCGUCGCUCCUGCCUCUCACUACGGCGCCCUUGGCCUCGCGUAUCUCCAUCCCACCCCUGGCGUCACAUCAGCCUGCCGCCCUGCAGCCCAGGCCCUUGUAUGAACUUCCGCUCGCUGCUCAGGAGGCCUUGAUCUUGGAGGAUCUGCUUUAUGUAUUUAUGGGUAUUGAGGGCCAGUACAUCCGCUACGCCAAAGUCUAUAACCCCAAUGAAGAACGAGAUCGCCUCACCGGUCCCACCUUCAGGAUUCUUCCAGGCUUGGAUCCCAGCUUACAGGACCUGACCGCCUCAAUGCUGAGGAUGGCCACCCACUACUCGGCGCUCAUGGAGUUUGUGGAUGUACAGAGCAGGGAUGAGUUUGGGACUGUCAACCAUGCUCUCUGCGCCUCUAUACGGAAACUCCUCCAGGACUACCUCGUAUUGAUCGCGCAAUUAGAGACCCAAUUCUUGACGGACGAUGGUUUCACCCUCCAAGUACUCAAUAUUCAUCUGCUUCCAACAAGUCACAUGAUGCUACAGCUACAUGGCCUGGCGCACGAGCUGCUGAAGAAAAACGCCCUUUUGGACGAUGAGAGUGAUGAAUCAAGUGACGAUGACGACCCCAAUGACUAUGACAAGAUUGUCAACCAGUUGAGGGAAGGUGGUGACAUUAUCCCGGGAAACAUGGGUGGCAAGAAAAUAUCCAAAGGCGGUGCCGUUUUGGGCAUCAUCACAAGCAGACUUGACACAAUGUCAGGAGACCCCGCAGCUCGCGCACUGUUGACGACGCUGCUAAAGGAUGCCAGCAGGCCUUAUAUGGCCAUGCUCAACGAGUGGCUGCAUCACGGUGCAAUCAACGAUCCACAUGCCGAGUUCCUGGUCAAGGAGCAAAGAAGCAUCCGCAGGGACAGGCUUGAGCAGGAUUAUACAGACGAAUACUGGGAGAGACGAUACACCAUUCGAGACCAGGACGUGCCUCCACAGCUGCAAGGAUUGAAGGAUAAGGUACUACUUGCUGGGAAAUAUUUAAAUGUCGUGCGGGAAUGUGGCGGUGUCGACGUCAGCAAACAAGUCAAGGACGUCCCCCUGACUUUUGAUGAUCCUCGCUUUCUGGACAAUGUGCACAAUGCCUACGCUCAUGCGAACGAAUCUCUGAUGCAGCUGUUGUUGACAGCGCACUCGCUACCUGCUAGGCUGGGCUCGAUGAAACACUACUUCUUUCUCGACCCGUCGGACUACUUUUCGUACUUCCUCGAGCUUGGCGCCGCGGAGCUUAAGAGGCCCGUCAAGUCGGUCAACACGAGCAAGCUUCAGUCAUUGCUGGACCUGGUAUUGCGCCAGCCUGGCACGGUGGUGUCUCUUGACCCGUUCAAGGAGGACGUCAAGGUCGAGAUGAAUGAGGUCCCUCUGAUCAAGUCACUCCAGCGGGUGGUCAACAUUACCGGUCUUGAUGUGGGUGAAACAUUUCAGCCCUCGACAAGCAUGCCCUCUGAGACGGACAAGAGUGCCAUUGGAUUCAACUGCUUGCAACUCGACUAUGCAGUGCCAUUUCCGGUCUCUUUGGUUAUCAGCCGAAAGACUGUGUGGCGUUACCAGGCUCUGUUUCGUUACCUGCUGUCUCUACGUCACCUCGAGUCUCUUUUGUCGAACCAUUGGCAGGCUCACAACCAAUGGGCACUUUGGACUCGCCGAAGCUCAUCGCACCGUAUCGAGGUAUUCAAGAGGCGCGUCCUCACGCUGCGUGCGCGAAUGCUGGUGUUUGUCCAACAGCUGCUCUAUUUCUGCACGGCUGAGGUCAUCCAGCCAAACUGGCAUAAAUUCAUGCAGAGCCUCGAGAAAAAGGAGGGUGCCAAAGGAUUGACGCGGACCGUGGACGAGUUGAUGCAGGACCACGUGGGCUUUUUAGACACGUGCCUAAAGGAGUGCAUGCUUACGAACAGUAAGCUCCUAAAGAUCAACGCCAAACUCAUGCACACGGUCUUACUCUUUGCCACCUACAGCAGGUGGUUUAAUCAGGAGUUGAAAAAGGCAGACCCUGAUUUGGCAGGACCAACAAAGCCGGCGGGCAUGUCAGAUCGGGACUGGGCGCUCAUCCAGGCCCUACCCACAGAGAGCAAAUCCUCAUCGGGUGGGGAGAAGCCGAGAGACAACAUGUUUGAAAUCCUUGCCAAGUGGGAGGUAAACUUUAGUCGACACCUACACAUCAUGCUAGACUCGCUGAACCACUACGCCGCGACGGAGACGGUGGUGUUGUUGAGCUUAUGCGCCCGGCUUAGCGCGGCAAGCGAGGGUAUUGAGACCCCCGGGGCAAGGGAACCGGACAACGAUAGCACCUGAGGCGCUUGAUUUAUAUAUAUCUAUGACUCUUUGAGUUAGGGCACCUAUAGAUGUGCUAGUCACUCGGUAUAGGGCACGGUAUGAUGGAUAUGUUGGUUUCCUAAGAUGGCUGGCUAUACCUACCUACCUACCUCUAAGGUGCCGGUACCUAAUGUAGUGUAGCCUAGAUAGAUGAUGGGGUGUGUUUUCGGCGUUCAAGAUACCCAGAUUUUCAAUGGCAGAGGGGCCACUUGCUAUGUAAAAGGAACCAGAGCCAAUCAAUCAGUUGCGGUUUUUUUGUUUCUUUUCUUUUUCCAGUACAGGCGGUCACCGGCACUACAUAAACCAUAUGAUAAGUUAUAGGAGUGUACUAUGCAGGAACAUACAGUGUGAUGUUGUACGAUUUGAG